AUGGCAACGGUUUACGCGGAAUCGUACAUCAAGAGCCCGCUGGUCCAAGCGAUAGGCGCUGAGGGUGUAGAAGCAGUGCGUGAGGUGCUGGAACGAGACUUUUCAGACUGCAGCGCAGAACACCUCGAAAACAACCCGGAGGUGCUUGUGUCAGAGGAGUAUAUGAAGAAAAGGAAUUCCCUCAUAGAGCCAAAUACGCGCAUAACACCUCUGUGCCAACUCUCCAGGAAAACGGAAGAUGAGGCCUACGAAAUCGCAAAGAUGCUCAUUAUCGAAUACAAACUUGUCGACGCCAACCACGUCGACCUCAUGGGACAAACGGCGCUUUUCUACGCAGCUAGAGAUGGCUGGAGCAAGUUUUGCGAUUUCCUUGCACAGAAUGGUUGCGACCCCAACCACCAGGACAGACUCGGCCAAACUUGCCUCUUCUAUGCCUCCAGGGAGGGGCAUCACGAGACGCUAGAGGCACUUAUCGCAUGCAACGCCGACGUAAACCUUGUUGACACAAACAAACAAAACUGCCUCUUUUACGCCGCAAGAGACGGCCGCCUUGAGGCGGUUAAGGUCCUCAUCAAACACGGAAUUAACUACAACUUGAAGGACGCGCAGCGGCGACAAGCCAUUACGUUCGCCAAAAUCAAGAACCAAACAGAAAUCGUCAACCUGUUGAAGAGCAUGUCUAAAUCGGACGCACAACAAGCCAAGAGGCCGCUCACGGACCCUGCAGAUGUCCAGGGAUUGUUGCAGAGCGCCUCCACCGCAGAUGAGAUUAAGGCUGGGGUGCCAGUGGUUUUGAAGGACCCUGGCAAGCCGAAGAAGUAUAGACUUCAGUUCAGACCCUUCGAAGACGAUCCUACUCUAUGGGUUGAUGCACCGCUAGUAAAGAUUCGCGAAUUUGAAUUGCGAUUCCCCGAACUUGCCACUUGGGACAAAAAUGCGCCGUUCGCACCACUCUCGACUCUGAGGAACCCAUUGGUCAAGCAGUGGCAUCAGAUGGGGCUCAACAUUCUAUCGAUGAUGGGCAAGCAGGAGGGUGGCUACGUUUUCGAGAGGCCGGUAGACCCCAAGAAGCAGAACUGUCCUGACUAUUUCGACAUCGUCAAGAAGCCAAUAUCAUACUCGUGCAUCAGGAGCAAGAUCAAAAAGAACAUGUACACGAGUCCUAAGGAGUUCAUCGAAGACUGCCAGCUAGUGUUCGACAACUGCUUUCAAUAUAACAAGCCUGACACCUGGGUGGCGCAGAUCGGUCGCAACAUCGAGAGCUUCUUCAAAGAGCAGCUCAAGGAGAUGGAUUUUGAAGCGUUCAUAGCGAAACACGACAAGCUCAAUGAGCUGCUUGAGUCGGCAAAUCAGUAUGUGGAAACCACUGAAGUUCCGGCGGAAGCGGCGUCUUAA